UCCUCCGCAUGAGGAAAUACCAGGUUCUCCUAAUACACUCAGAUAUGGGGAACAAAUGCCUGUUGCUUCUGCAACAUCUCUACGUGAGGACAUACCUACUGGUCCUUUGUCAUCUCUGCGUGAGGACAUACCUGAAUCUCCUGGUAAACUCAGAUGUGAAGAACAAAUACCUAUUGCUCCUGCAGCACCUCUGCAUGUGGGUAUACCAGAAUCUCCUAAAACACUCAGAUAUGAUGGUGAACAGACACCUAUUGCUCCUGCAACACCUGUCACUGGCUCAAGCUCGUUGAGAUUUCAUGACAUGCAAGGAAUUUCUAGAUCACACAACGAACCAGCAAGUUCAACUGAAAGCACAAAAGAAGGAGCACCCCAAAUGGAGGUUCAAGAAUUGGAGAUGGAUUUGAUGGAUGAGGAGAUAAAUUCAUCUGAAGGGGAUACCUCAGAAAAAUAUAAUUUUUCCUUGAGAACAAGAAAAGUUGCCAGAUUUCUGCUUGAAAACUUUCUUGCUCGAAAGGGCAAGGAGAAAGUAGAAGUUGUUAACUUGUCCUCGCUUCUGAAGGGGAAAACAAAGAAACAGAGUUCAAGGGUAUUCUACGAGAUACUGGUUCUGAAAUCAGGGGGAUGGAUAGACGUGCGACAGGACGAUGCCUAUAGUAGCAUUCUUUUGCGAGAACUUCCUAGACUAAAGCAGACAUUUGAAGCGGGGGGCAUCCACUCAAAGUCCUGAUCUGUAACUAUCUUAACAUAGGUUGCAGUGUGGGUAAAUAGUAGUGCAGGAAACAAUCACAUGUUUACGCCUUUUCUUAGAGCAGUGUGUGUAAAUAGUAGUGUAGAUGGAUCAAUCACUUGCAUAUUCCUUUCUGCAAGUAUCUUAGAGUCUGUAGUUAGGUGAACAGGGAGAGUAGGAGGAUAUAGAGUGAAAGAGAAAGGAACAGUGAGAGAUUGCAUUGUGCUCUGGGCUCGGCUUUUUCACUUGGCAGAUGAAUCCAACGAUCUACUCUAUGAGUGGAGUUAGAUUUUUGUAAAUUAUUAUGUGUAGGAACUUCUAACUUAUGAAUGCAAAUUUCGCAAAAAUCACUCGAA